AUGAAUGGCACUCCAGUAAUCGUUGGUGGUAUGAGAACACCAGCAAGACGAAGACAGAGUACAGGAGCAUCCACGAGUAAUGCAAAGCCAAGAGGAAGUGCUAGUGGAAAUACAAACAGUAUCGUCAAAGUUUAUGGAGAUGACUCCCCUGGAUUUAAAUUAACACCGCAAACCGUUUUAAUUUCGACCCUCAUUUUUAUGGCAACUGUUGUUAUCCUUCAUAUUAUUAGCAAAAUUUAA